AUGGCUAGUGGUCAAUGGGAAGUUGUUGGAAAGAACAAGAAAUCCCAAAAUGGGAAAAUGAAAAAUACUAACGAAGAUAAAAAGUCGAUCAAAAAUGGACCAAAACUCGAAGAUUUAGUUCCAGCAUCGCAGAUUAAAUCAUAUUACGAUGGCAUGGAAAUCGAUGAUACAACAAAAACCAAAGAAAAAAAGAAAGACGGGGAAAAAAAAUCUAAAAAACAAGAAAAGAAAGAACCGUCAAAACCAAAACCUCCAAAAACAAUAGCAGAGGCUUUAGAAGCGAUUGAUGCCACAGAACUAGCCAAUAUAAUUGCCACAAAUAAAGUUAGGUUCUCAAAUGCUCCUUUGGUUUGGUUGAAAGAAUUAGCUAAUUUCUUAAAUUCAAAAAUUCCUAUAGAUGUUGAUGAUCCCACAUUUUCUAAUUUCCCUCCAAAUUACCCAGUCAGUGUGUUGCCAAUUGACUUAAAAGCUAGUCUAGAUAAUGUACUUCGAGAUGCUGGAAAAGCAAACACUCAACUUUUCUUUGAUGUUACUCUUACAGCUCUUGCAAAUGACAUGAGCAGAGGUCAGUCUGUUAAUGGGCAUAGAUUACUACUACAGAUGUUAGCUCUAGAAAAUUCCGAUUUCUGUAUCACCUCCUUACCAAAGAGUGUGAGUCUCAGAAACUCAUACCAAAACCGCCCACCCAUUGGUUUAUCACUCUUAUGGGCUUUAGGCCAAGGCGGACAUAAUAACUUUGCAGAUGGAAUGAAAGUUUGGCAAGAAAUAUUCCUCCCUAUAAUUGAGUUGAAGAACUACACCAAGUACAUAAUUGCAUACCUCUCCAACCACCUAGAUAGGCACGCUAGGAUGGAUGAUACCAGGGUUAGUCAGGAACAGUUACUGGCAAUGUUUGAUACAAUUAACAGCAAGAGAAAUGGACUGUCCAAGGAGCUGUCAAGUGACCUUAUCAAGCAAUUAGUUAAAUAUAAGGAUAUUUACUUCAGUAAGAGUGGUAAUAAACUUCAAGUGACCUUCAAUCAGUUUAUGAAGAAACUACCCAAUCAAUACCUCAGCGGAACCAAUUUGGAUCCUUACAACAAAGUGAUAGUCGAGACCCUGGUGAACUGCUUAGCUAUGGAUGACUCAUGCAAUGCCACAUGGCGACAAUUGUUUAGUAGAUGCAGCAAGCAAUGUGCCACUCUGAUUGAAUAUAUUGACACAAAUUGGGCAGAAGUCAGUCGAAAGCUAAAGCAUAAGUCACUUAAAAUAACAAUUACUCAGUACAAGGAGGUUUGUGGUGAAUUCUUGAAGGGGAAGAAAAAGGAUGAGACUGUUGUUAAGGCUAACAGAAUAUGUCAGGAUAUUUUAGACAGGAUGACAAGUACAAGAAGGUUUCCUUGGAUGUGGGCAAUUUUGUUCCUGUUAGUGGGUAUAACCGGGCUUAUUUCUUAUGAUGUCUCCCGAGUUAAUGGAAACUUUCCGAAAAGCACAACUGGUCAACUUUUGAAUGAUCUAGGAUUGUUAGAACACAGUCAAAAAGCAUGGCAGAAGACUCUUUCUUCAUCUGCUCGUGGAUACAUCUGGCUUGAGACAAAUGUACCAAUAUACUAUACACAGGCAGUUGAGUUCUCAAAACCUUACUCUCAACUCUCUAAGGACCUCUUCGCCAUUGGUGUGAAGAAAACAGGAAUCCUUUAUGGGAAUAUGAAAGAAUAUGUUAUAGAGAAGACCCCAGUGAUUGUAGCCACUAUAGACCAAUAUAUCCCUGGCGCAGUUGAAACAAUUCAAACAUAUUUUGUGAGCGGUGUGGACACAAUAAAAAAAUACUCAAAUGAAUAUUACCAAGUUGUUGCUGAAUACUUGGCAACGAAAGUUUUUGUAGGCGACUGGGCACCAGAGAUCUUGCAAGUUAAAACCCAACUAGCACUUAAUGCUACCAGGUCUCAUGUCAACGACUAUUUCCACUGGUUCCGUGAACAGGUACAUACAUAUUCGAAGAUUCCCUGA